CUUCUUUUCUUAUGAUUUGUCCACUUUGCUGAGCAUGUCCUCAGGAAGACAUUUGGUUAGUAUGCAUCACAUGUAUGUGACUGACUGGAAAUACAUGAUAAAAACACAAAGCAUCUUAUAAGGAUUACCUUGUCAUAUUGGGUAAUAGAUACUUUUAACGGUAAGGCUCCCUAAUCUUAAGUGACUAAUAACUAAAUGGUUUACAACUAAGUUGUAAAUGGAUACCCUGUAAGGAGAACUCAGUGCUUUUAAAUACGGCAAAAUCGGAGAGUUAGGCAGCAGAGAAAAACAAAAUGUUUAUUUAUUGACCAGAAGACUUAGCUGAGAGUUGAAUUAAGGGUUGAAUUAAGUUAUUGUUUUUUUAGUGAAAUGCAGUCUUACAAAUCGCUUACUGCAAUCAGGAAAAAUGCUGCACUUAUUUCUAGAAGAACAGAAUGAAUGUUCACCUGUUGUUUUUCUCAGGGCACAGGUAUUGGCUGGAGGAAGGAAGGCCAUAGUUAACUUUGUUACUCUUUUUUUUCAGGGUAAAUACUGGUAUGCCCAGUCUACCAUUAACUUCUCGAUUUGUUAUUAGGGUACCUUCCAAAGGCUCUGGAUGAUUUUUUUUUUCCUUUAGCAUGUGGUGAAUUUUAGGCAUGAUCUAAAAGGACAUCCACAAUAGUGCUUCCUUUUACUCUAAGCAACAGUUGCCCACAUUUUAGUCACACCGGGCCGAAUUAAUCUGGCCCCCAAAAGAAGCGCUGCGUCCACAUAUGCCCACAUGAGAGCGCUCCAUGCUGGAAGCUGGUGAAUACCCUGGAGGACAGUCUAGCUGUUGGAGUGCAAAAGUGGGUCUUACUUUGGACCCCUGACAGAACAGUAGUUCCCAAAGGACGCAGCACUGUUUGUGGUCUUCAAAGUGGAAUUUCGUUUGUGGGGUUUGUAGGCCAGUAGCAAAUUCUGUUUUGGUAUGCCAGUCAGGUUUCCUAAUAAAGCAAAUUUCACAUGUAACUGGAUGUGAAGCAAAAUCAGCUUCGUCUCUUCCUACCUCUAAAUGCCUCUACCUGCAGGCAGUUCACGUUGUAAGAACAGUUCUUGUAGGCAGGAGGUUAGAGUCUCCAGUUUUCCCACAUGAUUUGCUAACCCUCUGUUUAACCAAAACCAUUACUUACCACUCAAAUGCCUAUAGACUUUAACAGUUAUAAAUCUGCUUGAUGUAAAACAAUUUGUGUAUCUUUCCGGUUAAGUGUAUAAGCAUAGGAAAAUACCUGUCAGAUACCUGUCUGAAACAUAGGAGGAUAGCUUUUUAGCUUUUUAAAGCUAGAAAUAGGUACGCUUUUUAGGGGCACCUGGCUGGCUCAUCAGUGGAGUGUGCCACUCUUGAUCUUGUGUGAUGAGUUCAAGCCCCACAUUGGGCAUAGAGCCUACUUAAGAAGUGAAAAAUUUUUUUUCUCUAAAUAGAUAACUUUUUAAGAAGAGUUUGUUGUAUUCAUGUGAGAAAGAACAAAUUGAAGGGAUUAUUGGUUAGAGAACUCAAAUGAUCUAAAUCAGACCUUGUCUGUGAACACGUAUAUGUGUAUGUAUUAAAGAAAAUGUGUUUCAAUUUAAAAACUGAAAACUUGGAUACACUUAGCUUUAAUUAUAUUUCUAUUUAUUUAAAAAGUAGUAGUGUUCUUUUAUUAUUGAUUUGGUUCUUUUAUCCCACAAAAUGACUCAAUUUGUCCUACAUGUUUGGUUAAAAUACAGGGAAAUACCUUAAGUUUGUAUUAAUUUCCAAAUUAUAUAAUUGGAAGAGGCUUUCUUCUCUUAUAUAAAAUAAAAGAAGAAAUCUAGCUAGAAAUCAUCUUACCUUACUUGCUAUAAAUUUCUUAAUAUUUGCUAGAUGCUAAUGAUGCCAGAUGCUAAUGAUAAAUUUUAUCAUCUGUAUUAGGAAUUAAAUAUAAUUGAGGUGACCUGCUCUCCUGCUCACAUCUGAGAUCUUGUGGUACCGAACCAUUCCUUUUUGAACUAGAUAGGGCAUAUCUCCAUUGUUGAGUGUUAGUUGUAGUCAUAACCCUUACUUCAAAGGUUUUAUAUUGUAAACGUUUGACUUGAUAUAAAAUUAUUUCUAUGCAAGAUAAAAUAUGUACGGUCUUAUUUUAGUUCAUCUUAGAAUGCACAGGAGAAUAACUAUGCAAAGAAUGUGGAUAGAUAGUGCUUUUUCUCCCUUUCGAUUUUGUACUGCAAAAUACCCCAGGAAAUUGACACAAAACCAAAUCCAAAGACUUACACAGACAGUACAGUUCAAUUUUAGUGAAAAGAGUGAAGAAAUCUUCAAAAAAAUUCUUACAGACUCCAGUUUUUAUUUUCUUGGUGAAAUGGUAACUAGAUACCUACUUAGUUUCUUUUUGUGUUGGGUCUGUUGGGAGGAACUGAAUGUUGAUCCUCCUCACUUACAUAUUUCCAUGGUAAAACUGAGCUCAUUUCAUUUGUCACUUAAUAUGUGCAUUAGGAAAACUUCAUAGCAGAAAAAAAUAUGUUUAUAUGCAGAUAUAGAAUGUCUAAACUGAAUGUGUAAUGAACAAAGGCUGACAAAGGAGGCUUGGGCUGCGAAACAGUAUCCUGAAUGCUACAGAAAUGGGGACGGGAGGCAUGGGCAACAGAGAACUUUGUCCUGUUCAGAGAUCCCCAAAGGAUCCCUGUCCCCUCCCCCCCAACCUCCUGCCAGAAUGUUGGAUUUCAAAGAAUGAACAGAUUAACGGAUAUCAGGAGUAGUGUGGCCUGGGUUGAGAAUAAGGAUAAUUUGCCUGAGUUAUAGUACUGGCUGGAUCAUUACAGUCUGCCCACAUGGUAUCUCUCUGUGAGGACAAAGGGAACUUACCCAAGGAACGUUAAAGCUACUGCUGUUGGAAGGAAGUCCUAUGGUAAGGGAACUAGAAAAGGCCAAGAGCAAGUAGAAAUACAGUCCCUAAGUCUGUAACCCAAGAGCUGGACAGCAGCCAUCCCUAAGGGAGCCAGCCCAGAUCUGGGGCUGAUACUUGAGUCUCUGAGGCUCAACAUGCGAGGCAGAGCUGCUGCUGUAGGACGGAAGCCCUGCAGUGCCAACUGAUUCACAAUGGCUGUUUCAGUGGCAGCCUCUUUGAGACACCCUGCCUCUACACUGUCAUCAUGGAAAAACCAAGGUGCCUCGAAAGAGGGUAAGGUAAAGUUUCAGAUUUGGGCUCAGCAGAAGAGGAACUUGAGGCUGGGGCAAGUGCCAGAACCCUCGUGUGUCAGAUUGGGGAUUGUGCUGCUGUUGGUGAUUUUCCUGCCAACCUUGUACUGUGACCUGGGAUCUGUAUAUUACUCUUCUUAUGAAACAGUCAUCCCCAAGAGCCUGACAGUCAAGGGAAGGGAAGACCCAGUGGAAAAGGCAUCCUAUAUGCUCUUAAUGCAGGGCCAGAAAUGGAUGAUUCACCUGAAGGCGAAGAGAGACUGUUUUGUGAAGGACUUUCCAGUCUUCAGCUACCACGGUGGCGUCCUGGGGCAAGAAAUGCCUUUCAUCUCACACGACUGUCACUAUGAAGGCUACAUAGAAGGAGUCCCGGGUUCUUUUGUUUCUCUCAACACCUGUUCAGGCCUCAGCGGCAUCCUGAUUAAGGAGGGGAAACCCUAUGGCAUUAAGCCCAAGGACACUUCGAAACGCUCUGAACAUGUGUUGUACACGAUGGCACACCAAGCUCGAGUCUCCUGUGGGGUCACUUCCGAAGGCAGCCAAGUGGCGCCUGCCAGCCGGCAGCAGGGGAGCAGGAAGCCUCACAGUCCACAGGCACCGUCCUCCUUUUGGUCACACCCCAAGUACGUGGAGAUGUUUGUCGUGGUCAACAACCAGCGGUUCCAAAUGUGGGGCAGUGACGUCAGUGAGACAGUCCAGAGGGUCAUGGACAUCACCGCUCUGGCCAACAGCUUCACCAGGGGGAUAAACACAGAGGUGGUGCUGGCUGGAAUGGAGAUUUGGACCGAGGGGGACCUCAUAGAAGUGCCGGCGGACUUGCAAGUUACACUCGGGCAUUUCAACAGCUGGAGACAGGAGAAGCUCUCCCGUCGUGUGAAGCACGAUGUUGCCCACAUGAUCGUUGGACAUCAUCCUGAAGGAGACGAGGGACAGGCAUUUCUCAGUGGUGCCUGUUCAAGUGGCUUUGCGGCAGCCGUUGAGUCCUUCCAUCAUGAAGACGUCCUCCUGUUUGCAGCGCUCAUGGCCCAUGAGCUUGGGCACAACUUGGGUAUUCGGCACGACCACUCGGCCUGCGCUUGUAGAGAUAAACGCUUGUGCCUCAUGCGUGAAAAUAUCACCAAAGAAGGUGGCUUCAGCAACUGCAGCUCGGAUUACUUCUACCAGUUCCUCCGGGAACACAAAGGGGGCUGCCUAUUUAACAAGCCUCGGCCCCAACAUCGCCUGCGUAGGAAUGCAGAGUGUGGAAAUGGUGUGUUGGAGGACAAUGAGGAGUGUGACUGCGGACCUGACUGUGGUGAUCACCGGUGCUGUGACCAAACAUGUAGGCUGAAGGAGCAUGCGCAGUGUAGUGAUGGCCUAUGCUGUUCUGAUUGCCAGUUGAGACAUAAGGGAUUCAUGUGUCGUCCUGCUCUUGGAGAGUGUGACCUCCCUGAAUAUUGUGAUGGUACCUCCGGAGAAUGCCCCAUAGACCGCUAUAAGCAAGAUGGCACAUUGUGUGACAGAAUUCACUAUUGUUUUGGCGGCCGGUGUAAGAACCCUGAUAAUCAAUGUGUGGAUAUAUAUGGGUCCCCUGCAAGGUCUGCCCCAGAACACUGUUAUAUUUCCAUGAACACCAAAGGAGACCGGUUCGGGAACUGUGGCUUGUGGGCCUCGUCUAGGACAAAGUAUGUUAAUUGCUCUGAUGAUCAUAUAUUUUGUGGGAAACUUAUAUGUACAAAUAUUAGACAGAUACCAGCACUCAAACCCCACCAUACUCUGAUCCAGGUACCUCACAAAGAUGACUGGUGCUGGAGCAUGGAUGCCUAUAACAUGACUGACAUCCCCGAUGAUGGAGAGGUGCACAACGGCACUCUUUGUGCCCCACACAAAGUCUGCAUGAAUUACUCCUGCACUGAUCAUGCCGUGCUCCACUACGACUGUGAACCUAAUGAAAUGUGUAAUGGGAGAGGAGUCUGCAACAAUUUAAGGCACUGUCAUUGUGAGGCUGGCUAUGCACCCCCUGACUGCAAAACUGCAGGAAAUGGGGGUAGUGUGGACAGUGGCCCUCCUGGAAAGCCACAUGAUGGAAAUCCAAGUGAAGAUGAAAGCAGAAGUCAUAGUGUUUCUCGUAGUAAUUCUGGCAGAGGUUGUGAGCAUGAAGAUGAAAGCAAAGGCCUUUCCAGGAUGGUGUACUUAUUCGCCUUAUUUCUUUUAAUAGUAUUUUUAAGUCUGAUUAUUGGUGCCAUUAUUGAGGCUGGAAAGGAGAGAUCACAGUGCCAACAAAAGGUUCUAGAAGAUACUCAAGAAACUGUACCAGAAACAGAAGUAGGCAGAUUAGAGGAAGAACCAGGGGGAAAAAUGAGUAGUGACAGGAAGAAGGCGAAUAUAGCAAAUACCUGAAUCAUUAGGUGGAAUAGAGGCUCAGUGGAGCAAACAUGAAGUUUUUACACUGACGGCUGCAGACCCUGAUAGGAAGUCUACAGCCUGUGGAAAGGUAAACUGUGCGAGGAGGACUUUUCUUCUUCAACUUAGUCACUGGUUAUCUAUGCAUAUGUAAAAUCACUUAUAAAAAUAUUUCAAAUUUUCAUUUUCACAUUUUAUGAAGCAUUUAAAUUAAACUUUUCUCAUGAAAUAUUCAGAUAAAUAUAUUGCCUUAGUAGGUCCAGUUUCUGAGUCAUCCGUCUUUUAUGGAUAUAAUCUUCCACCUAUUUUACUGGGUGUACAGCAUUAUUUAUGCUUAUAUAUAUUGCAGUCCCAGGCUUUUUCACCCCACUUAAAACUACACAUUAUGUUAGAAAGUUGUUUAUAUGUCAUUGUUCUAAUUUGCCCUGUGAAGUUUAUUCAUGAAAUGAGACGAUUUUAAAUUAGUAAGUAAAUAAAUAUAUGUGUUCAAACAACACAUCGCUUUAGGCUUUAUAUGGCCUAUAACCUGGAUGUCCUUUAGUUUUGCAGUUUCUUGAAAGAGCUCCAUUAAUUCAGGAUGGUAUGAUUACUCUGGUUGGGGUAAAUGGGCCAGAGGUGGGCAACCUAGCCAAGAAGCAAUCUUGACCAGUGCUCAGUUAAAAUACCCAUUUUACCUUUUGCUAUUUUCUGCUUUAUUAAAAAUAUUUGUUUCUCAAUUCCUUUAUUAAGUUAAUACCUGUUGAGUGAGUGUAGAAAGGAACAGAGCUUUAAGUGGUACUUAAUUGUAAAGACAGCACAAACACAUUUAAUAACUACAUAAUCCAAUAGCACAAGACACUGUGUAAAACACUUUGCAUUCCUUGCCUUAAUUUUAUCUUCCCAUCUACACUCUGAGACCUCCAUCUGCUACAUGAGGAAACAGACAUCACAGAGUUCGGGUGGAACCUGUGUCCUGCCUCAGGUACGACAGAAUCUACAUUCCCCCCUGCUUCAUGAGCCUGUCCUUCAGUAAAAAAAGUGGCCAGAACAACGAUCGGUAUGUCCUCAAUAGCCCAGAACAUGGCUUCUUCCUCAGUGACUCUAACGAAACAAAACCUUUACGGGAUGGAUGCUGAUUGCUGUCACGAACCUACCACGUUGUGUAGUCAUUACCGAU